AUGGAGUUUCAAGGUGGGGACCAACCCACUGGAGGUCCACUUACUUCUCAUAACGAACCUCUCGAGUCUGACAAAACGCAUCAGCCUCAAAAUAAGAGGGCGAGGAGAGGCACUGGUAUCUACCCAAGGAAACGUGCUGCCCUUGCAUGCCAGUUAUGCCGUCGUCGGAAAACCAAAUGUGACAACUCUCGCCCCACAUGCGGUUUUUGUAAUAGUCUUGGUGUGAAUUGCCUUUAUGGCGAUGACAGCACAGACUUAACGAGUUACGAUAGUGCUAGUCUAGCUAUCAUCGACCGCUUAGAUCGCCUAGAAAAGUCGAUGAAUACAGGUUUCAGCGGCAUCCGUGAAUCACAGAAAACCCCCAAGAUAGCGGAUGAUGCACAGACCAAGGAUGCCACUCGGAUAGCAAUGCAAUAUAUGGUAUUGGAGAGCAUUCUCGAAUGGCCAUGCUUCUCUGCCCUCAAUUUGGAUCUCAAAGGGCAGUCCCUAGCACUAAAGCAUGACUUAUUUAGCCAAGGGCUUAGUGUACCAUCCACCGCCGAGAGUGCUGCAUUAAUUACAUGGCUUCAACGAGGAGAAGCCGAAGACAACAACUUCAAAAGCGAGACACUUUUUUUGUGUCAAAGUUUUCUCACCAAUGUUCAUAGCAAGAAUCCGAUACUUAACCAAUCGGACUUUUUGAAUGACGUUGAUCAUUGUAUGAAGUAUGGAUUUGAGGAGAAUGGACGGUCUUCUUUGGUGGUAAAGUGCAAGUUGAUUGUUAAUGCAAAUUUGAUCGCCUGUGCGCUUGGAGCCGUCUCACGUCAGUUUUCAGCACACGAUAUUACCAAUCCAACAUGCAACCAGGCCCUUUCAAUCAACCCCUUGGCUGCUAUCUACUACCGUGAAGCUAGGCGGAUAUUGGGGGUUCUGCAACCAUCAUUGGGCACAAUCCUCUCCCUCUUUUUCUGUGGAAUUUUCGAAAUGUUUAUGAUGAAGCCGGUAAAUGCUUGGUUCAAUUUCCAACAGGCUGCUGUGCAGCUACAGGCAUAUUUACUUGGGCAGAAAGCUACAACGUCCGAACCUGGUGAUCCUAUUGGUGGCCACUUAGAGGGAAGGCUUUACUGGUCAUGCAUGCAAUCUGAAUGUGAGCUGAGAGCCGAAUUACGUAUCCCAUCUUCUGGGCUUGAGGGUUUCAACUUCCCCUAUCUUUUCCCGGCUCCACCAAUUAUAAGCGAGGAUUCAGAUUCCUCUCAGAUCAGUCCGCUUGUACGACAAGAAUCAAAAAACGUCCAAAUCAAAGAGUGGAUGUACUAUUCAGCAGAGACUUCCAUAAGAAGAUUUCAAAAUGAUAUCAUGGAAAGCCUUUAUAAACAUGGCCCUAACUAUUGGCUAAAUGAUGUGCACUCUGCAACUGAAAAAAUAAUCGAACUUGAAAACCAGCUUGAGCUUUGGGUCUCUCAUCUGCCCAAGGAGCUCCGCAUCAACGGCUCAGUCACCACAUCAACAGUUGAACUCGCUCUCCACAUUCGCACAAGGACUCUGUCAUGUCAGAUCAAGAUACACCGACCUUGUCUGUACUACAUUAUUCACACGCCUCCCGAAAAUCGUGAGCAGAGCGCUUAUGCCAGCAGAGGUGCCUCCCUCUGCCUUGACAACUGCGUGCUCUUACUGCAUGAUGUCAUAUUUCACCAUCGACACCAUGGCACUUGGUAUGUGCUGAGAAAUGGCUUAGAGGCGGCAUUCUGUCUACUAGCUGCAGUCAGAAGUCAACAAAUUCCAGUAUCUGACAAGUGGCACGAAGCAGUUCAGAGGGCCUUCCGGUUUCUUGAGAUGUGGAAACACGAAUGUCCAAAUUUGGAGAUUUCAUUUGCGAUAUUACAUCAGGCUUAUCUGGAUACGAUUUAUUCAGGCAAGGGCAAUGAACUAUCAACGUGA